CAGUUUCCCUCACAUCGCUUCCGAUGCUCCAGGAGGGAGGACGGAUAAACGGCGCUGACGGUACCGGAUUUGUUACCCGAAGGAGGGAGGGAUGCUACGGUGAUUUCCUCUCUUUUUCUCUUCCAACACCCACCUCCUCACCAUCCCCUCCACUGCUCUCCAUCACUUCAGUCUCGGAACCUCAUCAAGACGCAUGACUGCUCUUUCAUUUUUGUCCUGUCUUUUCAGUUUAUCUUUAAAUUCGCUUGGUUGGUUGUUUUUUUUAUUUUUUAUUUUUUGCCACUGAGCUCCAGCGGGAAACCCACUUGGCUCGGCUUUGAUUUCUACCCUCUCAUCUCCAAGCGCACGUAAACAUAGAAAAACUGGGCUUUUAAUCAGAGGAUGUGUUGGACAUUUGGUAAAAGAAGCAAUACUACUUAAGUCAAGUGGCCGAUCUCUACUGGCUUGUAUGUAUUGAGGACACUUGGGUGAACGAGCUGCGCACGGAGUCUCACUUCCAAGAUCUCUGUCACUUAACGGGAAACAAAGCCUUUGUAUUCAACACAGUGAUGAGCUAAAGGCUGCUUGACAAGAAGAAUAAGAAAACACAAAUUGUGAAAGGAGAAAAAGAAGGCAGAAAAGCUAAACGAAGAAAGGCAGUGAGGUGGCAAGCUGGUGAUGAGUAUCUACAACAGGUCCCAUUUCGGCUAAUGAACUAGGAACCUCAUCAACAACAUUUUGGUUAAAAAAAGCAAGAUACCACCUCAGUGGGAGCAGAGCUCCACUGAGAGGAAUCAGAAAGUAGUGGGCGGAGCAAAGUGUAUAGUUUCAAAGGUUCGGCAAGAUGGCGAUGCUGAUGAUGAAGCGGCAGGGCCUCGGGCUACUGAGGGCCUUCCUGGUGUUGCUGGGAGUUUCUGCACUUUGUAGCGUUGCAUUAGGAACUCGGAAAGGAAAUGCUUCCUUGGAUCAAAGGGGACACAGACACAGACAUCCAGGUCACUUGUCGCUACAUAGACACAGACAAAAGGUUGGGAAGGAGGGCCAAGUACUCCACAGGUCCAAACGAGGAUGGGUCUGGAAUCAGUUCUUUGUCAUUGAGGAGUACACUGGACCUGACCCAGUGCUGGUGGGCAGGCUCCACUCAGAUGUAGACUCAGGCGAUGGAAAUAUCAAGUACAUCCUGUCCGGUGAAGGUGCAGGAACAAUCUUUGUCAUUGAUGACAAGACAGGCAACAUCCACGCUACAAAAACUCUGGACCGUGAGGAGCAGGCCCAAUACACGUUAACAGCCCAGGCUGUGGCGAGAGACACUAAUAAGCCUCUGGAGCCUCCAUCAGAGUUCAUAGUGAAAGUUCAGGACAUCAACGAUAACCCUCCUGAGUUUCCACAUGGGCCGUACUAUGCCAGGGUGCCUGAGAUGUCCAAUGUUGGUACGUCAGUGUUGCAGGUGACAGCUACAGAUGCUGAUGACCCCACCUACGGCAACAGUGCCAGACUGGUGUACAGCAUACUGGAAGGACAACCCUAUUUUUCUGUGGAGCCUCAGACAGGUAUAAUUCGUACUGCCUUGCCAAACAUGGACCGUGAGGCCCGCCAGGAGUACGAUGUCGUCAUCCAGGCCAAAGACAUGGGUGGUCACAUGGGAGGGCUGUCAGGGACCACAGAAGUUAAAAUCACCCUCACAGAUGUCAACGACAACCCUCCAAAAUUUCCACAGAGUGUGUACUCGAUGUCUGUGUCAGAGGAUAAAGUCGCAGGAGAGGAGGUGGGCCGUCUUAAAGCUAAAGACCCCGACCUUGGAGACAACGGACUGGUGAAUUACCGCUUAAUAGAUGGAGACGGAAUCAACAUGUUUGAACUGACCACUGACUCCGAAACCAGAGAAGCUGUCAUUAAACUGAAGAAGAUGGUGGACUUUGAGACGAAAAGGUCAUACACUCUGAAGGUGGAAGGAUCCAACCCUCACAUUGAUCCCCAGUUCCUUGCCUGGGGCCCUUACAAAGAUGAAGCCACAAUAAAGAUAUCAGUGGAGGAUGCAGAUGAGCCUCCUGUCUUUAUAGCUCCAAGUUACACUUUUGAGGUAGAGGAGAAUGCCCCUCCAGGCACUCAGGUGGGGCGAGUUCAUGCUAAGGACACUGAUGUUGCCAACAAUCCUGUCAGGUACAUGAUCCCUCGGUAUACAGAUGUAGAGCAGUUCUUCAGUAUAAAUGCAGAAGAUGGCAUGAUUACCACAACCAAACCACUGGACAGAGAAACACAGCCCUGGCAUAAUAUAUCUGUGUCAGCUACAGAGAUUGGGGGCCAUCACCAAGACACCAAAGUGCGGGUCAACAUCAAAGUGAAAGAUGUUAAUGACAACCCCCCAGAGUUCGCGACCAACAAUGAGGUCCUCAUGUGUGAAACUGUCGCACCGGGGAAGGUUAUCGAAACAGUGACCGCAGUGGACAAGGAUGAGAUGGCUUACAGACAACACUUCACAUUCAACCUUGCUCCAGAAGUUGCUCAUAACCAUAACUUCUCCCUCAAAGACAACAGAGAAAAAACAGCCAGCAUUUAUGUGCUCCGUAAAGGAUUCAGUCGUCUCACCCAGGAUGUUUACUACCUUCCCAUCGAGAUAAACGACAACGGUAUUCCCGCUAUGAGCAGCACCAACACCCUGACCAUCAGAGUCUGCUCCUGUGACAGCAAAGAGACAAUUCUGUCUUGUAAUGUGGAGCCCUACGUCCUUCCUGCUGGUCUUAGCACUGGAGCCCUGAUAGCUAUCCUGGCUUGUAUUGUCAUUCUGCUUGCAAUAGUAGUGUUGUUUGUUGCACUGAGGCGUCAGAAGAAAGAGCCACUGAUAGUUUUUGAGGAGGAAGACAUCCGGGAGAAUAUUAUCACUUAUGACGACGAGGGAGGCGGUGAGGAGGACACAGAGGCUUUCGACAUUGCCACACUGCAGAACCCAGAUGGUGCCAACGGUUUCCUGCCAAGAAAGGACAUCAAACCAGAACUUCAGUAUCCCAUCAGGCCCGGCAUUGGCCGUCCCGCAGCCAACAGCGUUGAUGUGGAUGACUUCAUCAAGACUCGAAUUGCAGAAGCUGACAGUGACCCGACUGCACCUCCUUACGACUCCAUUCAGAUCUACGGCUAUGAAGGCAGAGGAUCAUUGGCCGGGUCAUUGAGUUCCCUCGAGUCUGUCACAACAGAGUCCGACUUGGAUUAUGACUAUCUGCAGAGUUGGGGGCCGAGGUUUAAGAAGCUGGCAGAUUUGUAUGGGACCAAAGACUGCUCCAUUAAUGAUGCUGAUGAUGGUGAAGACUCUUAACAGUGGUCUCACUGAGUGGACGCCUCCCCGAUUUCUGAUUUCUUGAUUCCAUGAGGAUUUGUUAACUGAGGGUUAACACUCCCCAGUUCCCAACUGUUACCAACUACCAACUGAUCAGUUCAUGCCAAUUAGUCAACAAACAUUAACAGCUCCCCCUUCCAUGGCAACGCUCCAGUCCUCCAAGAUGAUUUGUUAAUGGACACAUUAUGAACACCUGGACAUGAAACACUCCCGGUUUUCCCAAAUCUUCCUUGUCCUUUCUGUGUCUCUUUCCCUCCUUCUAUUUCUACAGACUUGAACAUUGCAGUUCUGGGAGAUUUGCUAUGUCAGCAAUUUGUCUGUUUGGGAGUAAUUUGAUGGAAAAAACGUUGCUGUAUGGUCAAAAUGACUUGCUUUUAGCAAAAUGUUUAGUUUAUUAGAGGUUCUAUAUACUUUUGUGGACUGGAUUCACAUUCUUCUUUUAUGGUUAUUGAGGGAAAUUUUAUUCCCUUGAAAGGUUUCUGCGUGGAGUACAUCCCCUUUGUUGAUCUCUCAAAGACAAAGAGGAAGGGAGAGAAAUAAAUUAAUUAAAGAAAGAGCUUGUUUGGAUUCCAGCAACUGCCUGAUGUUAUUAAAUAGAAAUAAAAUGUACAGAUGUGUUAGUAGGGUCAAAAAUCAAAUGGAAUGAUUUUGCUGACGUGUCGUGUGUGUGCCGAAUUCAGCAGGUACUGUCGUUUUGAUGGCAUGACCGACUCUGGGUUGUUGAUACUGUGAAGAUGCUCGCAGCAUCUUCACAGUAUGGUGGCCUUAUAAUAAAUAAACAACAACUCCAGGGGUAAAAACACAACAAGAGUAAGGAGUAAGAGAAUGCUAUCUUCAGUAGCUAUACAAAGACAAAGGAACACACAAGGACUGAAAAUGCUACACAGAUACAAUUUUUCUACUCUCAAAAAGAGACAGACUCAACAAGGAUUCAAUUUUCAAACUGUGGAUGAUUCUUUGUUUUCAUUCUUCACUGCAGAGAAGACCUGAAAAGAAAAAGCUGCCCUUCUCCAUGCCCUCGCCCCGUGUCCCUAUUCCUCACGACAACAAUCACUUCCCAUACCGAGUCUACCAACGAAUGAUCACUUCCUCAUUUGGAGUCCACUGAUGAUGAUCAGUCACAAUGAGUACAAACCUGUGAGCUCUAAAAAUCGCCUUAAACUUAAUAGACACUCUUGCAACGCAGUGCAUUCUCUUUUUUUCUCCUUUUGUUUCUUUUUGUAACUUGAGACGUAUAUUCAGAAAGCAAACUAUUCUCCAUGUUAGGUGUGUACAGAGCAACGUGCUGACGUGAUAUAUCACUUUGAGGAUCCAACCUGCGCCCCGCACAGUCUUUAGAUGGGAUGUACUGAGUCUGCCAGCACAGUAAAUGUAGAUUGGUAAAAUGUGCAUUGUGUCUUUUUCCAGUACCAUGCACGGCAUGUUGGCAGCAACAUCUGUUGUAUCAACAUGUGUUGCUAUUUAGAGAUAACAACACUGGAAAAUAACAUAAGUAUGUUUUUAGAACCACAUUUUCUGAGGCUGAAACCAGAACAUCCUUUUUAAAUGUGUAGGUUCUUGUUCAAUCUCUUUUUUUAAUGUUAUUAUAUUAUUAUGAUUAUUAUUGUUGUUUUCUAUUAUUAUUGUUAUCAUUAUUAUAACUGUUCUUUUACUGGCUGCAGCUACAUGGGAAGAAAUUCAUGUUUAACUCUUUGCAGCUCAGAUUUAAUAUCUGUACAGUUGCCUAAACGUGGAGGGACUACGCAGUAUUCUAGUUUCAUUUUUAGGCCGCCGUAAGAAAUUCACUGCUUAAAGUUAAACAGACUUGGUUUAUGCCUGUGUCAAUACAACCUCUCAUUUCUUUCAUUUUUGUUUCUCUUUUCAUUGUUUGGCAUUUCUUUGUUCUUUCUCCCUGUUCAAGAGGACAACUAGCAAUCUGUGUUUGUUGCAGUGAGAGAACGCCUCGUUUUUAUUCUCUGUCAAGUUUUAUGGUACCAAUUUGUACAAUUUUAAAAGUUCUUAUUUUAGUAUACAUGCAGAAUAUUCCAGUAUUACAACAAAAACGUGUUAAGAAGAUAAAGAUUAAAAAAAAAUGUUACAGCAUCACACUUAUAUUUUCUGAACAUUGUACUGUUGCUUUACUAUGUGCUUCAAUCUCCGAAGCGAAAAAAAAAGAAAAAAAACCUUUGAAAUAAAUGCUCUUUUUAUAAAAUGAUACUA